UACUGGGCACAACUAGCAAACCAUCGAUCGCAGUAGUCACAAAUACACCGGCGAAAAUAGCCAUUGUUUUCUGUGGGAGAGACAGCUGACUGAAUUGAGUGUAAAUGACGGAGCGAGACUACAUUGGAUGUUCAGAUUCGCUUAAGAUUUACAUAGCCGCGCCACCUAGAAACGGUUUUCUUGAGGACCCCAAAGAGAAGAUACCGUUCGCAGGUUCAGCAGAGCUAGAAGUGCCGCCAACGUGUUUUUACAUCUGUAUUUAAGGAAGGCAGGUCCGUCAGACGACAGCCAUCAUGUCAGGCGUUGGAGCGGAAGAUGACAUCCCGCUUGGCGAGAGGAAAACUGUCACAGACUUCUGCUAUCUCCUGGACAAGUCUAAACAGCUCUUCAAUGGACUGAGAGAUCUCCCUCAGUAUGGGCAUAAACAAUGGCAGUCUUACUUUGGCCGAACUUUUGAUGUCUAUACCAAGCUGUGGAAGUUUCAGCAACAGCACAGACAAGUGCUGGACAACCGAUAUGGCCUGAAGAGGUGGCAGAUAGGGGAGGUGGCGUCUAAAAUCGGCCAGCUCUACUACCACUACUACCUCCGCACCUCAGAGACCAGCUACUUAAACGAAGCAUUUUCCUUCUACUCAGCCAUCCGCCAGCGCUCCUACUACUACCAGGUCAACAAGGAAGACAGGCCUGAGCUGGUAGUGAAGAAGUUGAGGUACUAUGCCCGUUUUAUCGUGGUGUGUUUGUUGCUUAAUAAGAUGGACCUGGUUAAAGUUCUGGUAAAGGAGUUGUCAGAGGAGAUCGAGGAGUACACACAGCGCUUUAACACAGAGGACCAGCUAGAGUGGAACCUUGUACUGCAGGAGGUGGCUGCAUUUGUGGAGGCUGACCCAGUUAUGAUCCUGAAUGAUGACAAUGCCGUAGUGGUCAAGUCCAAUCGGCUGCAGGAGGGGGGCGUACCCCAGUUGGAACCUGGCAUGGUGGUUGGUCAGCUCACCUUGGCUGACGCCCUCAUUGUUGGCAACAGUAACAAUCAGGUGAAAUUCAGCGAGUUGACCAUCGACAUGUUUCGUAUGCUGCAGGCCCUGGAGAGAGAGCCUGUGAACCUGGCUACACAGAGCUCCAAACCAGGGACUCUAGAGCCCAGUGAAAAGCCAGCCAAACGGGAGAACCCUCACAAAUAUCUUCUGUACAAACCCACCUUUAGCCAGCUGUACACCUUCCUUUCUGCCUCCUUCAAGGAGCUGCCGGCCAAUAGUGUGCUGCUGGUGUAUCUGUCUGCUACUGGGGUCUUUCCCACUGGACGUUCCGAAUAUGAAGGGCCUUAUGACUUUGGUGGUGUUCUAACCAAUACAAACCGUGAUGUGGUCAACGGUGAGACGGUGCAGAAGAGGAACCAGGCACAGAAAGAGAUGCACUGUCUUCACCCAGGAGACCUGUAUCCCUUUACCAGAAAACCCCUGUUUAUCAUUGUAGAUUCAUCCAACAGCACAGCCUACAAGAAUUUCUCCAAUCUGUUUGGCCAGCCAAUGGUGUGCUUGCUUUCACCUACCGUAUAUCCAAAGAGUAUGCAAGACCAGUCUCAGCGUGGGAGCAUCUUCACACUCUUCCUCUACUGCCCCCUAAUGGGCUUCCUGUCUGUCUGCGGUCUGACUAGUGCACGCCAGGGGUUGUGGGAAAAGGCCCAGGAGUUCUUGCAUAAAGUUUCCCAUGACAUUGGGCAGAUGCUCACCAGCUCUCGAGCCCUCGACCAGGCCUUCUUGCAGUUCUACGGUGACGAGUUUCUGAGAUUGCUGAUGAUUCGUUUCGUCUUCUGCUGCGCCACUCUGCGCCUGCACAAGCUCUUCCGGGAAGCUCGGAGUUUCCCUGAGUCCUACCCACAGCUGCCUAAGCAGGAGCUGCUGGACAACAGUGUGCUGCAGAAACACAUACUGGAACUGGCUGCCAUGCUGGACGUCCAAAACCUCUUCACCGAUGGCAUGUUGGACAACUAUUGACAACAUGGUCAAUAGCCUACGUUCCACAUGGUCACCAAACUACAUUCCUCUCUUUCUUUUUUUUUUUUUUUUUUUUUCUUUUUUUUUUUUCCUCUCACUUU